ACCAAAUCACCUCCUCUCAACAUCAUGGAUUCCUCAAAAAUGGUUGACCACAAGGAUCACGAACACCUAGAAACGGUCCCAGACCAACUUGACAUUGUCAAUGAUGACGUUUUCGGUGAACUCACCGAGGGUGGCCCCAAUUAUCGCAAUGUCGGCUUUGUGGGCACCGUCAUCCUGAUGAUGAAAACCCAAAUUGGCUUGGGUGUUCUCGCUAUCCCAUCCGCAUUGAAUGUCCUGGGCAUGGUUCCCGGUCUGAUCUGCCUGCUUGUCUUUGCCGUGAUCACCACCUGGGCCGGAUACGUCGUGGGAACCUUCAAGCUGCGGCACCGCGAGGUAUACAGUCUCGAUGAUGCAGGGGCAAUUAUCCUGGGGUUGCCCGGCCGAGGCAUUCUCGCAACCGCCUUCUGCCUGUACUACGUUUUCAACAGUGGCUCCGCAAUUCUAGGUCUCUCGGUCGGUCUGAACGCGGUUUCGUCCCAUGCCACCUGCACGGCGGUGUUUGUCGCCGUGGCGGCAAUCGUCGGUUUUGCGUGUAGUAGCAUCCGAACCCUCGGCAAAAUCACCUGGCUGGCCUGGAUUGGAUUGCCGUGUAUUCUCACUGCUGUGUUGAUUGUCACCAUUGCCGUGGGUCUCGAGGAUCGUCCCGCCGGGGCCCCGGCAACGCCGGGUCCUUGGGUCUCGGAUUGGAAGGUAUUUGGCAAUCCGUCGUUUUCCGAUGGGAUUGCCGCAGUCUCGAACCUGCUGUUUGCCUUUUCCGGUACCCCCGGCUUCUUCUCCAUUGUGUCGGAGAUGCGUGAUCCCAAGCAGUAUACGAUAGCCAUGGUCACCUGUCAGGCUGGGGUGACUGCUGUGUAUGCGAUUAUCGGCUGUGUGGUUUACUACUACUGUGGGAGUUACGUGGCCUCACCCGCGCUGGGCUCCGCCGGCGGAGUGAUCAAAAUCAUCAGCUAUGCGUUUGCCUUGCCCGGACUGAUGGUGACCAUGACCAUUGUCACUCACAUCCCUGCCAAAUUCAUCUUUGUGCAUGCCCUGCGCGGAUCUCGGCAUCUCAGCAGCAACUCGCCGACCCACUGGAUCAGUUGGCUCACCUGUACUUUUGGGAUCACGCUGGUGGCGUGGAUCAUUGCCAGUACGAUCCCCAUUUUCGAUGCGCUCUUGUCACUGAUCGGAGCAUUGCUUUGCCCACUCAUCUGCAUCAUGCCAAUGGGGGCGAUGUGGCUGUACGACAACUGGGGCAAUGGCACCCGAGGCAAGCCGAAGACCUUGCGGUGGAUGAUCGGAGUGGCGUUGAAUGUCACUCUAAUCAUCUUGGGGGCUUUCCUGGUGGUGGCCGGUACCUAUGGCUCGGUGAUUUUGAUCAUGAACUCCUACCGGGCAAGUGGUGGCUCGGCGGCCUUCUCCUGUGCGGACAAUUCGAAUUCU